GCUUAGUUGAUUUCGCGCGAAAGUUCAUUUCUCCUUCCUGUGAAAUGUGAACAUUACCGGAUGUCCAUUGUUGAGGGACGCCAUAUAAUUACCGAGUUUGACCGACGGGAGGACACUUCUUCAUUUGUUUUUCCACCCAGCGGGUUUGGAUCACUUCAACAAGCUUCAAUAUGUCUCAGGCUCGGGUGACUGACUUCUUCUCUCAAAGAAAGAAAGGCCUCGCCGGUCCUGUGAAACCGACCAAGCAGCGUACGAGCGGUGUCGUCCAGCGUGGAGCUUCACGGAAUAAUACAAACAUUGUCAGUACCAGAUCCUCUACAAACAAGGAUGUUUUGCUGCGUUCGUCAUCCGUCCACGACGAGUUUGUCCGAGUUAUUGAUGAAGUGGUGGGACUAAGUGAAGCAGAGUGUGCUAGUAGCAGCGUAAGGAAAUACUCUCCCCCCAGCCCCAGGACGCCGAAGAGGACCUCGACGGACGGGGAGUUUGACCUCGGGGCAGCCGUGUUUUCAGCCACCUCCGACCACAGCACGGCCAAAAAAAGACGACAAGACAAAGACACCAAAUCCAACGUGACAGAGAAAUCAACCAGGAGGAAGGCUAGGAAGAAACUGGUGCUACCUCAGGACUCACCACAGGUUGUAGUCCGGCCCAGCUCAGCUCCAGCAGCCCUCCCCGGACCCAGUUCAGAGAGCCAUGUCAACUCUCAAACCCACAGCCCCCCCCAGCAGGAUGAGGCCGUCAACAAGAACAGUGAAGAGCAGGCCAGCAAGGCUCUGUGCAAAGAUGGCAUUGCAACUCUCAAGGCCCGCCUUCAGAGGAUCAAGAAACAAGCUGAUAAAAUCGUGAGUGCUGCUCACAAUGCCACGCCCUCCACUUCUGGAUCUCCAGCCGGCUCAGCACCUAAAAACACACUCUCUCCGGACCCCCAAACCGCCACGCUCCUGACGUCUGAAGCCAAGGCUCUGAAGUUCUCUGUAGCGCGAGCCAGUGAGCUUGCAGCUAAAGCUCAGAGGAAGAAGGAAGAGAGGGUGGCAGAGGAGAACAAGCAAAGAGAGGAAUGUACGGAGCAGGCAGCAUACCAGCGAUAUCACAACCUUGCCCAGGCAGCAGCCCCUGGCCUCUCACUGCCGUACCAGUACAAAGUUCUGGCUGAGAUGUUCAGGAGCAUGGACACGGUGGUUGCUAUGCUGUACAACCGCUGUGAGACGGCUACCUUCACCAAGAUCAAACAGGGAGUCCAGGAUAUGAUGCACAAGCGGUUUGAGGAGAACCACGUGUGUCAGAUAAAGACAGUUUUUCCUGAGGCCUACACGUUUAGACAGGAGAAGAACAUCCCAACCUUCAACAGCAGCAUAAAGAAGGGCAGCCACCAGCUAACUGUGGAGCCUGUCUUUCCUUCUGACCAGAAUGAAUCCCGUCCUCUCCUGUCAGCCUCUUGUCUCCUUGACAGACGACGCAUCUUCCACCAGAAGCUGGUCUCCAUCGUCAAACAGCAUCACAAGGUCUUCCUGUCCUCGCUGGUUCCUCCGGUGUCUGUUCCAGACGACAAACUAACCCGCUGGCAUCCUCGCUUUAAUGUGGACACUGUGCCAGGUGUCCAAACCAGCUCCCUACCUCAGCCCCCUCACACGGAGAAACUGUCCACAGCUCAGGAGGUUCUGGACAAGGCUCGAUCUCUCAUUACACCCAAGAUGGAGAAGGCUCUUGUUUCACUGGCUCUAAAGACACAGGAUACAGCUCCAGAGAGUAAAGAGCCAACAUCUCCCCAGAGCCCGACAGUCAGCCAAACAACCGCUGCCUCUACUGCUCAGCUUCCAACAGCCCUGAAAGGAGUUUCCCAGUCUCUGCUGGAGAGGAUCAGGGCAAAGGAGGCUCAGAAGCUACAGGCUGCCAUGACCCGAAACUCCACCCAAGAGGAGCGCCUGUUGAUGAUGUCACGACUCCCUGAGUUGGCGAGGAUUCUUCGGAACGUUUUCGUCUCAGAAAAGAAGCCGGCUCUAAUCAUGGAAGUUGCCUGUAACAGGAUGGUGUCGAGCUACAGAUCCGCUCUCAGCACAGGUGAAAUGGAGAAACAUAUACGUCUACUGGCAGAGGUAGCAGCUGAUUGGCUGGCUAUUCAUCCAAUUAGGAAGGACUUCUACCUGAAGUUGAACAAGACCAUGGAGCUGAACAUUGUUCUGGACAAACUGAGCAACAGACUCAGAGAAGAAGAGAGACUCUAAAACAAUAUGAGUGAUGAUCUGCUGGCCUUUCACAGUUAAUCACCCACUUUCCUCAGCGCUGUGCUACAUGAGCCGCCAGCAGACUGAACACUAGUUGGUUUAAACUCCCCUUUUGUGAAUUUU